AUGAACAGAAGAACACGAAUUAUUGGACAGUCUCAACAUACAACAGCCCACUCGAGACGACAAGGAGGAGGUGGAAACAGACGGAGAGGUGACGACAACACCAGAGAUCGAGACAACAAUAGCAGAAGAAAUGGUCACUCAUCUAAUCUUGCCGCUGGUAACUCGGACGACCAGAGUGUUCACACACAUGAGAGUAACUCACCGAGGUUGCCAUUACAACACAGAUCAUGGGAAGCUAGUGAAAAUCGUGACAGCCAAUCUGAACAUGAUUGUUACACCACUCAAUUCCCUGACUCAGAUUCAAAGUCUUUCACCACCGUCUUCGGUAGAGCUGCUGAACGCAGAAUAUCGCUAAUUGACGAAAAUAUUGGACUGAAUAAUGUACCGUGUCAUAUAUUGAGCCUGCCAGAUGACGUUUUAUUUUUGAUCUUUACAUUUCUGCAGCCAGCAGACCUUUGCCAUGUUGGAUGUGUGUGUCGGAGGUUUUAUUAUUUGACGGCACAGGAUACUGUUUGGUUGCAGCAUGCUAAGAGAACCGCAGUAGUAAAACAGUUUUCCACAAGUCAGCCCUGCUCAGCAAAAGAACUGUGUCGAGUAGCACCAAACUGGAAACUUGGUCGAUUUAAAGAGGGAUUUGCUGUGAAACAUAAACACAGGCUGAUGCCGUGGGUUCAAACCACUGAUGAUGCCCUCUGGUUCUCCAUGGGCAGUAACAUCAGCUGUUUCAAGCUCCACUCAUCAGGUCAAGUCUGUGAAGUUAAAGAGAGGUGCUUGCGGGGCUUGCAAGAGGACGCCACCAGAUUCUGUGUCAAGAAGGACAAGGUUGUCAGUGGUUGCCGAGAUGGAAGUGUUUAUGGUUGGGACACCUCAGGGAACCUCAUGUUCUGUUACAAGCAAGUGCAUGGAAGUGAUACCCAGUGUGUGGACUUCACAGAUUCUGUCAUUAUUACAGGCUCCAGAGAUGCAACAUGUAAAAUUUUACCAGUAGAAGCUCCAUCUGAUGGUAGUGAUGUAAUACUGCAGUCUUUUGAUGCUGGGGAAAGAGUCUGGUCGCUGAAGAUUUCUCCUUGUGAAAGUUUUUUUGCAGCUGGGCUAGCAGGUUGUCAGGAUGACCCUCCAAUUGUUUUAUGGGACAUAGGCAGUGGAGAAUGUGUGGGGCAGUUGAGUGUGAACCAUCGACGUGGAGCUGGAGUUUUAGAUCUGCGGUUUGAGUCUCCACAUGAACUGCUGACAUGUGGCUACGAUACGUUUAUCAGGUUGUGGGAUCUACGCACACAAAGAUGUGUUAAUCAGUGGGAAGAGCCACACGACUCUGCACUGUACUGCCUGGAAUCUGAUGGAAACAAUGCCAUCCUGGUGGGCACAGCACGGCACGGGAUGGUGCGUCUCUGGGACAAAAGGAAAACGGAACCAGUGCAGGCUUACUACAGCAACAGCAGAACUAGCCCUGUGUACUCUCUGGCCAUGGAUUAUCGGCACCUCUAUCUGGCACUAGAUGUUGGACUGAAUGUGAUGGAUUUCUCCUGUGGAAAGACAGACAAGGCCACAGCUGCCUCAGGCCUCCGUGAUGCAACUAAGCAAGACAGCAGUCACCUCAGACAUACUUUCAAAAAAUAA